GGAAAGGCAGUGCUGAAUGCUCUGACGCUGAUAAAUGCUCUCUCAUAAGUUUCCACCUUCACUCUCUUCACAAUUUCUUUUUUUGUUUUGAACUUUUUUUUUUUUUUUGAAAAAAAGAAAGGAUUGGAGCUAUAAGUGUCAACUGUCAAGUGCUUCGCCGGAGGAAGAACUCAGCUCCGACGACGUCGUUUCCUGGUGUUCAGUUUCCAGGUUUGUUUGAGGAUAAGAUGCCUUAAUUGGUUUUCAACGCUAGAAAAGUGCGAUUAUUGGAAUCUUUUAAUUUUAUAAAGUGUAAAUUCUCAGAGUUGGGAUAAUAGUUCUGUUUCUAAGAAGCUUAAAUGCUGGGCUGCAAAGUGUUUUUGACAUAUAAGAGAAAGAGGCUGACAGGUAAUGGUCAUACCAACGGAAAUGGGUGCCAUAAUUCUUCAUUAUCUGUUUCGAAGGCGGCUACUUUACGCAGGCCAGAUGCAUGUGAUGAAAUGAUUGAUAAGCGCCCGCCAGAAGAUGAGACUGUCAGUUCUUCGCGCAUUUGUUGCAUCAAUAAACAAGAUUCUUCAACAUCUCCAUCAAUAAAAAAGUCGAGCAGACUUGAGAAAGAGAAAGAAAUUGAAGAAUUUAACCCUGCGCAGAUGACAAAAUGUUCUGAUGAGGGUACCUCCAAAAGGGACAUGGUUGGAUUGUCUCCGACAAAUAAUUGUUUACCAAACGAGUCAUGUCACACUCAGGCGGGUUCAUCUUCAAGUGUCAAUGCUGACAUUUUAGGUGACAAUGGUUAUUUUGAAGGAAGAUUAGUUUCUUUCUCAAGGGGUACUGUCACCGAUACUACAGCGGAUUCUGUUGGACUAAAACCAUCAUUUGAAAGAAAAAACAGCUUUGAAUAUCAUGAUACUCCAUCAAAGUCAAAAACAUCAAGUUUGGAGAUUGUUCAUUCACUUGAUAAAGAUAAAGUCACUGUUUUAUGUAGUGAUUCAGCUGAGAAAACUAAGUUGAUGGGUCCGCUGAUUACUUUCACUCGAAGAUUUAAGAGAAAAAGGAAGACAGAAGGUGCUGAUACUCAAAGAAAAUCGCUGCUAGAGGAUAGUAAAUAUUCAGUGGUUAACAAGUGGAGCAAUUCUGCAUGUGGUAGUACUUCUCCACGUGAAACAGCUAAUGAAAAACACUGCUUCAUAGGUCAUGCAAUGGAUUUCAAGCCUCCAGAACAGGUUCACGAUACAAGUGAUAUGGUUUGCGAAAUUGAAAAUAAAAUACUGGAUGCUGGUUCUGCAUGUGCUGAUGCCGCACCUGUUCUGGAGACUAAAAUUUUCAUUUUUGAGGGAGAAGAACUGAAUGAUGAGAAGGGAGUAUCCAAGGAUGUCUUGUAUGAAGCUGAAAAAGUCCUUGACCAAAAUGAGCAGAUUGCAAUUAAUGUCCAAGAAGAUCUGCCUAUGGAUUGUCUUGAAAUCUCUUUAAACAUGAAAAGUUCGUCUUCCAAUGAUGUAAUGGCAGGUAAACAACCAGAAAAAGGCGGAAGAGAAGAAUUGCAAGCAACAGUAAGAGGAUCACAUCCUUUUUUGGACCUUACUGUUACGCCCACUGACUCAAGUGGUACAGUGGACUGUAAUGUGUUGGACUCAAAUUGCCAAAAGCAAUCUGUGCAUGCUGCGUCAGAAACUCUUUGGGGCUCUUUGGACUCAACUAGCAGAAGCCGUGCCGCCGAUUUGCCCAAAACGUUUCCUCCACACGUGUCAAAUGUCGGAAAUGAGAUAGAGAAAUCUAUUUCAACCCAGCAUUCACACCAUUUUGGAGAUGCAAAUGCAUUUGUGGAAGAAGCUUGUGCCAAUUGCAACAAUAAUGACAAAACUUCUCCGCCGCCUCCUCUAGAUUUUAUGUCAAAGAACAAAGUUUUGCCGCUUUUCUCUGAAGAAAGAACCUACGACAGUUUCCAGUCAGAAACCAUGCAGCCUGAGGUGACUGCCUGUAUGGUUGCAGAGGAAAGAAACCGUUUUUUGUCAGAAAAGGAAAAUAAUCAACAGAAAAGAUCUCCCUCCUUUUUAGGUCUAUCCUUGCCAACAAAGCCUAAGACCACUAGAUUUUCCUCCAGUAAAUGUACGUUUCCCUUUCUGCACAGUGUGGGUGAAACCAGACAAGCUUUUGAGAACACACUGCCCCCUUCUUCAUCAAGCCACUUAUCAUCACUACUGAGACACAAGUCGUUGCUCGACGACAUUGUUAGCCGGGCAAGAGCCUUGAGCGAAAGGGACACCUUUCAGGACAAGUUCAAGCCAUGUGCUUUGGCUUGGACCGAAGAAGAGUUGGAUUCUUUAUGGAUUGGUGUGAGAAGAUAUGGAAGGGCCAAUUGGAAUGCUAUGCUAAGGGACCCAAGAUUGCGGUUUUCUCCAUGGAGGGUGGCAAAGGACCUAGCCGAACAGUGGGAAGAAGAACAAUCUAAACUUUUAAAGGGCACACAUGCUCCACAGUUUCAGCAUUCAAAAUCGCAGGGCAUUUCUUUGGGCUUCGACUGCUCUGGUUCAGGAAUUUGGAGAGAGCGUGUGGCAGAUGAAACUCGACUCUCACUUGGAGAUGUAUAUAAUCAUAAAGAACGUAACAUCUCAAGGAGGGCAAGAUUCAAGUCGACUUAUAUGCGGAAAACGGACACAGAAUACGACCAGGGGCCAGUAAAUAACCCAAUUAGAGAUCCGUAUCUUGUUUAUCAAGGAGAAAAUUAUGAAGACGAGCCAAUAUACCGUUUAAGGAGGACAGCCGUCUCAAAAAAUAAUACUUCAACUAAUGAUCCAGCAACUUGCAUGGCAGCGAAAGGCAAUCUCCCUCAUUGGCUCAGAGAAGCAGUUUUUUCUUCUCCUUCAGGUCCGAUAGAACCACUGCCACCUACGGCCAUCUUAUCUAGUGCACGUUCACAAAUGAUGCAUAUUGCAUGCCCCUAUUUUGAUCAUUAUGAGUUUGGUGGCAAAGGUCAUCGUCUUGACCAUUCAUUGGGAGCGAGACGUGGGACAGCUGAACCAGUAAGGGCUUCUGGUCAUGUUGGUAAACCAGAUGAUGUAAUCAUUAUUGAAAGUGACGCAUCUUCUGAAGAGACCAUAUCCGAUGAUUGCGGUGCUAGGCCAUAGAAUUUGAUUUCGCAGGUGAG